AUGGCGGUGGCGCAUGUCCCGGAGAACGAGCGGAUCACCACGCAGGUGCUCACCUACGUCGUCGGCUGCUACACGAACGUGUGCAUGCACCGGGAGUACUUCCGCACCGAUGACCUGCUGAACUUCAAGAGUGAGAAGACCUCCUGCCACUGCUGCAGCGUGAACCAUGUCGACGCUGCCGGGGACGCCCUGCUCUGCGACAAGCACGUGCUGACGCGAUGCAUCUCGCUGUGGUUUGGCAGCAUGGAGCACUUUGACGCCCUGGUGCGUUCCACAGUCGGGGAAUGUCUGACGCAGCAACUUUCAAAAGACUUUCGCGGCUACUGGUCCUGCGUGAUGGCUACAGUUCCCGCUGUCUGGGUUGCCGCGGACGUCGCCGCCUUUCAGUGGCUUCGGCUGGGCAGCUUUCAGCCAGAGGUUGCGCGGGUCGUCGGGCGUAUCCUGGCGUGGAUGUUGGGAGUACAGCCAUGCCUUCUCUUCUUCUCUCUGCGGGCUGCGCGCGUCUUUCGGAGGCGGCGACGGUACGAGGCUGUGGUAAAUUUACUGAUUCUCUGCGGCCCCCUCACAGCUUUCGUGGCAGCCAACCAGAUGGAGAAGUUCUACCUCGGCCUGGUGAACCGGCUUCCGGAGGAGCAUCGGCUUCCGUACUAUGCAACGAUCCUGCUUGGCUUGACGUGGUUGCCCGUCGCUGCCCUUCUCUACAGGUACAUUGGCGUGCACCCGCGCAAAGCGCAGCCGGUCGACGACGAGAUCUCUCUCGACGGCCACAUGUUGCCCCGGCCUCCGGCAGCAACAGUCGGCGCGGCUUUGGAGGGGCACACCUUGGAAGGGCACACGAGCCCAGUUGAAAGCAAAACAAUCUUAUCUCUUUGA